AUGGCUGAAAACAUGGAUGUUAUUCCUACUGAAAGCACUAGUGGAUCUCCCCGAGCUUUGGCUUCAGCCACAAAGAACCAGUACUCAAGGGACCAGCCUGUGCAAGUUUCGGUUCCAAUGGUUCCUGUGAGUCAUAAUGAGAAACCAGAAAAAAUCACUGAGGAUCCUCCUACUAUUGGAGAGGACGAAGUAGAUGUGCAAACUCAACAUGCAAUUGAGGCAUGGAAGCACACUGAAUUCCCUUAUCAGAAUUAUAUUAUGAAUGGCUUGUCUGAUCCGUUGUAUAGUGUGUAUAGUGUGAAGAAAACGGCUAAAGAAUUGUGGGAUAUUUUGGACCACAAGUACAAAGCCAAAGAUGUUGGAGCCAAGAAAUUCUUAAUUGGCCAAUUCUUGAACUUCAAGAUGGUGGAUUCCAAAAAUGUGAUAAGCCAAGUGCAAGAUCUUCAGUUGAUUAUCCAUGGAUUACAUGCUAAAUGGAUUGUCUUGAGUGAGUCUUUCCAAGUAGUAGCUAUUAUAGAGAAGCUACCCCCUGCAUGGCUAGACUUCAAAAAUUAUCUGAAGCACAAGCGAAAGGAAAUGAGUGUUGAAGAUCUCAUUCGCAGAAUUCGCAUUGAAGAAGAUAACAAAAGUGCUGAGAAGCAAUCCUCAAAUCCCAAUGUUGCCAAUGCUAAUAUGGUGGAGCAUGAGAAAGGCUCCAAGGUAGGGUCCAAACUAGGACCAAAAGGUGGAGUUUCAAAGAAGCCAAAAUUCCAAGGGAAGUGCUUUAACUAG